AUGGCAUCUGCAAUUCGUCAUUUAAUAUUACUUGGUGAUAGUAUUUUUGAUAAUGGUUCAUAUGUUCGAGGUCAACCUGCUAUAAUCGAUCAACUGAAAUCGAAGGUCGAGGAACAUGGUUGGAAUGCAACGUUAGUUGCUGUUGAUGGACAUGUUCUUUCACAUGUAACGGAUCAAAUCAAAAGAAUUCCUAAAGAUGCUACACAUCUAUUCGUUUCCAUUGGUGGAAAUAAUGCACUAUCUUAUAUGCAUCAUUUACAUGAAUCAGUUAGUAAUGUUGGUGAAGCAUUGAUAGUACUUAGUAAAAUAAAAAGCAAAUUUGAAAAAGAUUAUAUCACUAUGUUACAAAAAUUGAUCUCAUUAAAACUUCCUGUAACAACAUGUACUAUAUAUAAUCCACGUUUUACUAAUUCACAUGAACAAAUAAUGUGUGAAACAGGUUUAUCUGCUUUAAAUGAUGUUAUUGUUACUCAAUCAACAAAAUUUGGAAUUCCAGUUAUUGAUUUAAAAACAAUAUUUAAUGAUCCAAAUGAUUAUGCGAAUUCUAUUGAACCUGGUGUUCAAGGUGGAGCAAAAAUUGUUGAAAAUAUUUUAUAUAUUGUCAAUCAUCAUCGAUUUAAUGAAAAUAUUUGUUCUAUAUAUGCUAAAAUAAAUGAUAAAUAA